AUGUUCGCCGUAGGACGCUUCCUCGCCGCGUUCCCGCAAUGGUUCCUGAAACCCCGCUGGAUCCUGCUCAUCUCGUACGCAGGCAUGAUCGUCUUCUCCAUCCUAUGCAUGAAGACGUCAGGCGCCUCGGCCGCCGCCAUGGCGCUGAUGGUGUAUCUCUUCGAGAGCGGCACCUUCAGCAUCAUCUUCGCCAUCUCGCUACGCGGCAUGGGGCACCACACCAAGACGGCAGCCUCGCUGCUCGCGACGGCCAUCAGCGGCGGCGCAUUCUUCCCGUUCGCGCAGUACGCCGCCCAGCUCGCCGGCGGCGUGUCCUUUUCGUACAGCGUGCUGGUGGCGCUGUACUGCGCGGGCGCCAUCUUCCCGCUGUACCUGAACCUCGUGCCGGCGGCCAAGAAGCAGGUCGACCCCGUGCCGAACGAGCAUCUCCGCCGGCCGCGGCGGCGCAGUCGCGCCAAGAGCAAUGUCCUGCAUCGCGAGAAGGAGAACCCCUCGGCGGGCGGGGUGUUCUCGCGGCGGCGCAGCGUGUUGUCGGAUCUGCUGCCGGCGGUGCAUCUGGACCCGGGGAUGGAGAAUGCUGCGCCGGGGUCGGCGUCUACCCCGCAUCGGACGCGGGCGUCUAUGCAAGGGGGGAUUAUGCAUGAUUUGGCUCCGUGGCCGGAGGACUAG